AUGGCCGUGGCCGGGGAGCGGCGGGGAGCGGCGGCCCUGACCGGAGUGAGCACCGAGGGCGCGGGGCCGCCCGGCGGGACCCCCCCGCCCCGCCGCCGGGGGCUCCUGGCGGGACCGCGCCCCGGGGCCGCCCCCCGCCCCGCCGGGCCCCAACGCUGCUGCCGCCGCCGGCUCCAGAACUGUCUGUACAACGUGCUGGAGCGGCCCCGAGGGUGGGCCUUCAUCUACCACGUCUUCAUAUUCCUCCUCGUCUUCAGCUGCCUGGUGCUCUCGGUCUUCUCCACCAUCCAGGAGCACCAGAAACUGGCCAACCAGUGCCUCUUCAUCCUGGAGUUCGUCAUGAUCGUGGUGUUUGGCAUGGAGUACAUUGUCCGUGUCUGGGCAGCCGGCUGCUGCUGCCGCUACCGGGGCUGGCGGGGACGCUUCCGCUUCGCCAGGAAACCCUUCUGUGUUAUAGAUUUAAUCGUCUUCAUCGCCUCGGUGGCCGUCAUCGCCGCCGGCACCCAGGGCAACAUCUUCGCCACCUCCGCGCUGCGCAGCAUGCGCUUCCUGCAGAUCCUGCGCAUGGUGCGCAUGGACCGGCGCGGGGGCACCUGGAAGCUGCUGGGUUCCGUCGUCUAUGCCCACAGCAAGGAGCUCAUCACCGCCUGGUACAUCGGGUUCCUGGUGCUCAUCUUCUCCUCCUUCUUGGUCUACCUGGCUGAGAAGGAUGCCAACAUCCAGUUUGCCACCUACGCCGACUCCCUCUGGUGGGGCACGGUCACCCUCACCACCAUCGGAUACGGGGACAAGACGCCGCAGACGUGGCUGGGGAGGAUGCUGGCAGCCGGCUUCGCCCUCCUCGGCAUCUCCUUCUUUGCUCUGCCCGCUGGGAUCCUGGGCUCCGGCUUUGCCCUCAAAGUGCAGGAGCAGCACCGGCAGAAGCACUUUGAGAAGAGAAGGACUCCAGCAGCAAAUCUGAUCCAGGCUGCCUGGCGUCUCUACUCGACCGACUCAAGCCGGGCGUACCUGACAGCCACGUGGUGCUACUACGACAGCCUCCUGCCUUCCUUCAGAGAGCUGGUCCCAAUGUUUGAACAUUUGCACCGAGUCCGCAACGGAGAAUUUAGGAAUUCAGAGGUGAAAAAAUUGCCUGAUGGAGCCCCACCACCUUAUCAUUCCUUCACCCCUGGCCAGAAAAGCUUCAUCCCUGCUGCCUGUUCAGGGGAAAGCAACAAGAUGGGCAUCAAGGACCGGAUCCGGCUGAGCACCCCGCAGCGGCAGGGCAGCCGGGGCAGGCAGCCCCUGGGGCCCCCCCUCCAUCGCUCCCCCAGCACCGAGGACCUCCCCGAGGCCUCCAGCCCCACCAAGGUGCAGAAGAGUUGGAGCUUCAACGACCGGACCCGCUUCCGAGCAUCCCUCAGGCUCAAGCCACGGACCCCGGUGGAGGCUGACUGCCCACCAGAGGACAGUGGAGAAGAGAAGAGCUCCCACUGUGACCUGACCUUCGAGGACAUCAUGCCAGCAGUGAAGACCCUCAUCCGGGCUGUCAGGAUCCUGAAGUUCCUGGUGGCCAAGAGGAAGUUUAAGGAGACCUUGCGUCCCUACGACGUCAAGGAUGUCAUCGAGCAGUACUCGGCUGGUCACCUGGACAUGCUGGGCAGGAUCAAGAGCUUGCAGACACGCGUGGACCAGAUCGUGGGCAGGGGGACCCUCACCACGGACAAGAAGCUGCGGGAGAAGGGGGAGAAGCUGGCGCUGGAGACGGAGCUUGUGGAUGAGCUCAGCAUGAUGGGGCGUGUGGUCAAAGUGGAGAGGCAGGUUCAGUCCAUUGAGCACAAGCUGGACCUGCUGCUCGGACUCUACUCCCAGUGCCUCCGCAAGGGCUCCAUCAACUCCUUCAGCCUGGCUGCUGUGAAGGUGCCAUCCUGUGAGCCCGACAUCACCUCUGACUACCACAGCCCCGUGGACCACGAGGACAUCUCGGUCUCUGCCCAGACCCUGAACAUCUCCAGGUCGGCCAGCACCAACAUUGACUGAGCAGGAUGGAUUCUGCCAGCGUGCAGCCAGUGGGAUGAGCUGCAGGGAUGUGGGAACAGCGUGGCUCUGCCCUGCCCUGUCUCACCACAGCCCUCGCUGUGUUACUUGAACCAAGUCUUCCUCUGGGGGGGUACGGAUGCAAUGGGAUGGGAGCCCGUGGCACUGCAGCAUGGCCACACCACACUCCUGGGAUUCUCCUGCCCUUCGUGGGGGGUGAGACCCCCCAACUCCUGGGGCCUCGAGUGCUCCCCAGCCAUGGUAGGGAUGCUCCAGGCUGGCCCCGUCUGCUGGGGUUUGGUACCCCCAGCCCUCAGGACAUGUCCAGAUCUCCAGUGGGGUCCUGUCUAGUCCCUUGUCCCCAAGCAGGGGUCACCGCCAGCUAUGCAAGGCUCCAUCUCCCUGCUGGGGCCAAGCAGGGAUGUUGGGGCACAACCCAGUGGGGGUUUUCCUGCAUCACUCUGGGGCCAGGCAGUGGCAGAGCCCCCCAGAGCGAGGUGCAGGGGUCUGUCCCCCCUCACCCUCCUCUGCCUGGGUUGUUUCCCUGCUCGCAGAGCUGCAGUGCUGCAGCCACCUCUAGAAGCACAGCAGAGCCUUCUGCCUGCCCCUGCAUGCUCCCAGGGCAAUAUAUAUAUAGGAGAUACAUAUAUAUAUAUAUUUAUGCAAUAAUGUCUUAAUAUGCAACACCCUCGGGAAGAGCAACCCAUGGGGCCAUAGGCAAUAAGCAAACCCCCCUACCAGCACACAGGGCUGGAUCCUGCUGCCCAGGGGGGACCACUUGGGUGUCCCAGGGGCUCGGGGCUGGGUGACAAACAUUUGCCCGAGGGUAGCCCAGGGGCUACAGAGGACAGAGAGAUGCAGGCACAGGUGAUGGGGACAGUGGUCCCCAAGGACUGUCCCUCUCUCUCGAGUCCCAGACCCUGCUCUUGCUUAGAGGAUUCCUUCCAGGCUCGGUCUUGCUGUGCUUGGUUUGUCCCUCCCCAUGUCUCUGUCCCUUGGGGAGCACGGGCCGGGUCUGGGGGGUGAGUGUCUGGUGGGGACAGUGUUGUUGGCCAUGUCACCUUGCAUGGGCUCACAGCAGAGCCAUGGCAGGCCCUCUCCUGCCCGACUCCUGCCCAGGGUCGGUUCUAGUCCAGGCUGAGCCGGGCUGGGGGUGAACCUGGUAGUGCCAAAGUUUGCCGAGCUGGGGCUGGCGCCUACUCCUGCAUGCCCGGGGGUCCUCAGGGGUCUCGGUGUCCUGGGGAACUGUCAGGGACUGACAGCCAGACCCGCCGGGAUCAGACCUGGGCUGAUGGGGACUCUCCGAGUGUGGGAUUUGCAGCCCCCCCCUGUUCCCCAGCUCCCCUGUGCCUCUGCUCCCGGCAGCCGGGGAUCCCCGACCUUGCUCGUUUUUCUUGCCUUGUUUGGUGCAUGUGGACAGCGCGCCCCGGCCCCCUCCCCAUCCCCCGGGAGUGCCCGUGUCCCCCCGGCCGGGCUGUGGGGUGGUGGUGCCAGGGGGGCAGGAGGGGACAGCCGGGUGCUGUGUGCACCCGAACAUGGGGAAAGGGUGCAUGCGAGAGCUUUGCCUGCAGCCGCACGCAGGAAUUAAUUCGUAGAACCCUCCCCGGGGCUGGCUGGUCCCCACAGACCUCCCCAGCCGGCGGUAGUUACCUCACUUGAUUAUUAAUUUAUUUGUUUCAUUAAAAAUUGGAGUAG